AUGUUCACCGAACAGCUAAUGAAGACGGGAUCGCAGAGUGUAUCACCCCAAGUUGCAAAUGAGAUUGCAAAUGAGGUUGCGGAAGCCUUGGGUCGAAUGCACACUAAUUUGAUACAUCUGGGCUCUAACGUCUCCACCAUGUUCGACGAGGCGGCAGCCCUCAUUGACAGGCUGAACAGCAGCCUCGCAUUGUUCGCCUCUCCACUUUCAACGACAAACGUGUAGGCUUACACGAUCUCUUUCCUUCUGUCCACGACUACCUCAAUCUUUCUCCCGUCAGCAAAACAGAAACUACAGAUCUUUGAAAGACUUUUAGGGGUCAGCAACGGAGGGAGCGUCGAAUUCUAUGCAAUAUAACCAUCAUCUCCCUUUCUGCUUUUACUGCGUGUGAUUGGGCCUGAGGAGUGUUGAGCAGCCAAGAGAGACUUCACCAUUGUGUGCCUGCACCUUAGAAACUAUAUUCGCUUUUAUAUGCCUAAAACGUGUGUGCUUGUUAUAAGGUAUCGCCAGAGUCACGAAUCUGUGAUUAGUGUUGGUAAUUGACAUAAUGCGCAUUCGCAUCGCAUCCAUGUUCUAUAUAAUCAUUAUAGCUUCUUCGAAAUAACUCCCAUAAGCCUUGGGUGUCCUCAAAAAUUCAACAAGUCGCAUUCUUUUUCAUUAUCUAUCAUUAACAAAUUAUACAACUCUGGCAAUACUAAGAAAGGUGGAUUCUCCCCUACCCGGUCGCGCUUGGUUAUAAAAUGCUUGGUUAUAAAAUGCUUGGUUAUAAAAUUCUACCAUGUAGUACCUUUUCUUAGAUUUCAUUCUCUCCCCUUCUUUCCUACUGCAAACUUGAAUGUGCUUGUCGUACUUUUUAUAAGAAUUCUUUAGUUCCAUCGGUUAGACGAUUUAUAUUGUAGCCAAUAUAACAUAUUUGAAGUGGUUUUUGACAGCACCCCAGCACAUGG